UCCCAAACCAAGACACGACGAGCGAGCGAUCAUGUCCUCCUUCGACUCCGUCGCGGCCGUCGUAGGCGAUGACGACGGUCUACCGCCAGCCCCCUUCGACCCUGCCGUCAUCCCGGACGGCGGCGAGCAGCAGGCGGGGCUCGGCAUGCGCCGCGGCCACCGCUUCGCCGCGUCCUACUCGUCGUUCGGCACUGCCGUCUCCGAGGACGACCUAGGAGGCAUCGCGGGCGACGGUGGCUUCGGCCUCGGCAUGCCCCCGGAUUCCAACGGCGGCGCCCAUGGCGCGUACGGGUACGCCGACGACGCGGCGCGAGGCGUGGAGCAUGUCAUGGGCGCCCAGGACGUGAUGGACGGCGCCGCGCACGGCCGAGUGGGAGGGGGCAUCGGCGGCGGCGGCGGCCUCCUCGACGAAGACCUGUUCGGCGCGGCUGCCGACGACGGGCCCGUCCUGCCGCCGCCGGAGGCCAUGAGGGAGGAGGGCAUCCUCCGCCGAGAGUGGCGCCGCCAGAACACGUUGAUGCUGGAGGAGAAGGAACGGAAGGAGAGGGAGCGGCGCAACGCGAUCAUCGCGGAAGCAGAUGAGUUCAAGAAGUCCUUCCUCGACAAGCGCAGGAUGAACUGCGACACGAAGCGAGAGCAGAACAGAGACAGGGAGAAGCUUUCCCUGGCGAACCAGGACAGGUUCCACAAGGAGGCGGACCGGCAGAACUGCUGGAAGGCGAUCGCGGAGCUGGUGCCGCACGAGAUCCCGGGCCUGGAGAAGAGGGGCAAGAAGAAGGAGCAGGAGCGGAAGCCCGGCAUCGUGGUGGUGCAGGGCCCCAAGCCCGGCAAGGCCACCGACCUCUCCCGCAUGCGCCAGGUGCUCAUGAAACUCAAGCAGAACCCACCGGUUCACAUGGCGCCGCCGCCGCCGCCGGCGGCCAACAAGGAGGACGAGGGGAAGAAGACGGAUGGCGACAAGGACGCCAAGAUAGACGGUAAGAAAGAUGGUAAUAAGCAGGCAGCUGGAGACGCCGAGAAGAAGACGGACGCCGGCGAGAAGGGGGCCGUGAGCGCCGAUGCUGCUGCUGGUGCUCCACCGGCGGCAACUGGAGCGCCGGCGAGCAAGGAACCAGAGCAGCCGGUGAAGAAGUGAUCGCCAUGUGCCGAUGAAGAUAAAGCUAUCUAGCUAGUCGUGGACAUCCUGUUAAUAACAACAUCGGCCUGGAAAUAUUGUUCUUGAGCCGUGGACAUUUUUGGUACGUUUGUUUAGUGCAGCUUUCUGAGCUAGAAGUAG